CCGCCGCCGCCGCCCUCCCUCGGCUCGCCGCGUCCCCCGGGCCGCGUCCGCAGGCUGAGCCCAGGCGGGCCGCGGCGAGCACCCCGCAGCUCCGCGCUCCCGCCCGGCCCCGCUCCCAGCGGAAAGUUGGGCUGCGGCGGGCGGGCUGCGUUCGGGAAAGAGCGAGGCGGCAUGAGGAGGGACCGAGGGGUCGCCUAAGACACCGGGAGGGCGGCGCCGCACGCGGGGACAACUUCGCUCCGGGCGCGCAGCCCCCGGCCGGGCUCCCGGUGGUUCCUCCCGUCCCUCGGCCUCCCCCGCCGAUCGCGACGCGGACCUUGGUCCCGGCGGCUCCGCGGUGGUGACACCAGCCAGCCUCCGCCGCCGCCUCAGUCUCCUGCUGCGCCGCCACCUUGCCCGCACCAUGGAGUUCUCGGAGAGGAAAAGAAGCAGGAAAUCCCAGAGCUUCAAACUGGUGAGCCGAGAUUAUCACCAUGAGGUGUAUAAAAUCUCAGAAUUCAGCAACGAUGUUAAUGGGGAGACCAAAGAGACACAGCCCAUUUUCUUAGGAGACGAAAGCAUGGAAAUUAAAAAACAAAUUACGGGGAUGAGAAGAUUGCUGAAUGACAGCACUGGAAGGAUUUAUCAACGUGUCGGCAGAGAAGGGGAAAAAUUAAAAGAAGAGCCGCAGGAUGUGGAUUUAGUCUGGCCUCAGCGGUUGAACUCCUCCACGGAGGCCCCACAGGGCCUCCACCCUCCUUCACGUGGGACGUGGAAUGAAUUACCAACCCAAAGUGGGCAGUUCUCAGGGCAGUCUGGUCCACGUUCUAGAACCUUCCAGAGUCAGCCCCACAUCUCUGCAAGUUCUAAUGGAGAACUUCCAGAGGUGAAUUCGAUAGUUGGAUCCAACUGCUGUACUUGUAACUGCCAGUCAACCUUGCAGGCCAUUCUCCAAGAACUCAAGACCAUGAGGAAAUUAAUGCAGUUUCAAGCAGUUGGAACUCAAAACAGACAACAACCCCCAAUUUCCCUUAUGUGCUCCCAGCGAACCGCCGUCUCACGCAAGAGAAAUAAAAAGAAAAAAGUGCUCACGAAGACUGUGGAACCUGUGACAACUGUGAAACCAAAGGCCACUCUCUUGGAAAUCGAGAAGAAGCCAGCAGCUGUGGCUACCAGGCCACCUGUUCUCCAAGCUGCAGAGCACACUUCCCCAGAGGAGAACCAUGUCUUGGGAUUUGGCAUUGUUCUGGAAUCACCAUCCUCAGAUCCAGAAGUGCAACUUGCUGAAGGCUUUGAUGUGUUUAUGCCCAAAUCUCAGCUGGACUCUAUACUGUCAAACUACACUCGCUCAGGAAGCCUUCUGUUUAGAAAACUGGUGUGUGCGUUUUUUGACGACAAGACUCUGGCUAACUCCUUACCCAACGGGAAGAGGAAAAGAGGGCUCAACGACAACCGGAAAGGACUAGACCAAAACAUCGUGGGUGCAAUAAAAGUCUUUACAGAAAAUUACUGUACUGCGAAUCAUGUGGAUAAACUUCCUGGCCCAAGAGACUGGGUACAGAUUCUACAGGACCAGAUUAAGCUGGCCAGAAGAAGGUUGAAAAGAGGCUCAGAGGUAGCUGACGGUGAUGAAAGACUGGACUGCAUCUCUCUACCCCCAACAGAUCAUACAUUUGUCACCAGGAGAGAGACCCCAGAGGACCCAGAACCAGGUUCCGUGGCCUAGACUUGCACUCUAGAACAUUCUUCGUUUCCUCCAAGAUCCAUGUAGCAGUUGCAGAUCCUGCAGUGUGGGUGUUCUGUGGUGGCUUGUCCUGUCUGAAUAAUUUCUUUGUAACACGUGGUAUUACAAUUCCAGUUUGGCAUGGUAUUUUUUUAAAGAACCAUGCUUACAAUUAUUACCCUGUAAGCAUCCAGCGUGUGUCAGCCAUUAUACUGAAGCCAUCCCCUUCCUGUGUCUGUCCGUCCACAGACUCGGUGUGAAGGCUGUGUGGACACAGUCUUUCUAAACAUAUUUAUUUUAUUGUGAAUUGCUUAGCUGCAUGCAGAGAGGAAACCUUCUCUUCCAGGACUGACAGAGGUUGCAAAGCAGUGCUGACUAGCCCCUCUUCAGCUUCGAGAAGAGAACAGCUGUUCUGAGAGACAGGAAGGCUUCUACCUGGCCAGUGACGUCAUAGCAACCUGGAACAGACACUCAGAACUGGAGAAGUACAAAUGAUGUAUGAAUUCUUAGGAGAUAACAUCUUUCACAUAACUUAUGAUGACGUGAUGACAAAAAAAUAAUAAUAAUUCAAAGUAACCAGCCAUCUGCUUGGGAAGUGCCAAGCAUUUAAAUAGGGUUUCAAGUGAGCAGCUUUGGCGCUGACGGUUUUCGUGUUCGCUCUGUAGUCUGUCUGGUCCCUCACACACUUGCCUUCUACUUUAUGUAAGACUAAAUAGGAGGAAGAAAUCUGGGUUUAUUUUAAAGAAAUCUUUGCUGUGGAGAUAUUUGUUUUACAGACAUAUUUACUUCCACAUUUGUUUUGCUAAUGAAAUCAUGCGUUGAAAACACCACCUUAGAAAGCCUUGCAUUUAUACCUUAUUUAUGGUGUAAAGCAAAUUGCCUUUAAUCUUGAACACUUGACAAAAAGGCCAAAAUAGCUGUAAAAUAAAAUGUGACUCUCAUCCACCAAACCCCAGGGAUAAAAACCUGCCAGGACAGCAGCUUAGCCUUCUCCCUACUAUUGUUGCAGCAAUGGGUUAAAGACAACAGCUAGUGUGCUUCAAGGAUGGAGUCCCACCCCGAGCUUUGCCACUGAGAGAGCUGAGAAGUGGGUAAGUGGUUGUCUAGGACCGGGGUACCCUUCGUGGCCAGCCGGCUAUAGAACCUGGAUAUCCUUAGGACCCUUUCCAGUGCACUGAGCCACAUCACACAGAAUGCUAAAGAUAGGACCAGAGCAGUAUUCCACUGAGACCAGCUAGUGAAGGUAAUAGGCGAGAUCCCUGGAAUGUGACAAAGUACGAUCCUAGGUGUUGCUCCUGCAGUCAUUCUCUUCAGAGGAGACAGCAACAUCUCACAGGUGCACCUUUUGGAAGCUAUGGGGACCGCUUGGAAAUCACUCCUAUCCUGCUGGUCAGCUGCCGGUUUCUGUUUCCUGCUGGCCCUAAUUCCUGUGUCUUUAUCCAGGGGUCUGAUGAACUGCAGACAGACCAGGGCUCUCAUUCACUCUGCAGCAGAUCUUUUAAAAAAUUGUCUUCUGCCUCCCAAAAUGAAAUAUUGCUCAAAGGGACUAGAGAAGCUGAGUUUUUUCAGUGCAGGGAGAAUGUAGACCCAGAACUGGAGGCCUGUUGGGUAUGCAUCUAAACCUUCAGAAAAUCCUUUCUUCCCAGCCUGGGUGACAGCUUGGAGUUGUCAGGACCUGAGGAGGGGUGGGAUGGUUUGACUCACAGAUUAGUGCAAUGGGUUCACAGGUUGGGAAGGCAGAUCAAAACUGUAACAGUAAAACCAUAUUUUGUAAGUUUACAUUGUAUUUGUGUUAACUUACUGUGACUACUGUUCAGCUUUGUUUAGAAACCCUUUUUAUAGGCUUUCUUAGCAAAAAAAAAAAAAAAGUCCAUAUCUAUGGAUGAUAUAGCUCAAUCUUCUGUACAUAUGUUUUAUUAAUAUGUAAAUAUUCAGAUUUUUUAAAACUAUGAUGUUCUUUUAAAAGAAUUCAAUGCAAAGCUAGUUGUGAAAAUGGUGUGUAACACUGUGUUGUGAUUUCAACUCCCAAGAUGCCCUUUAUGUCCAUUCUGGAAAAAUACAAUAAAUUACUUUAAUUGAAUGCA